AUGCUCCGUCUCCGUCCAGCCGUCCGAGCGGUCUCCGUGGCUCGAAGCGUCGCUCUGACUCGGUCAUUGCACGUCUCCGUCGCCAAGUUCAACAAAAUCGAGGGAACCGCCCCCGCAGGUCUGCCCAAAGAGGUGAAGCAAACCGCUGGCCACCAGGGACACCACCAGGAGAUCCCUAAGCCCGAUGAGAACCACCCCCGACGAAAGAAGUUUCACUUCUGGCGAUCAUUGUGGCGCCUGACCUACCUUUCGGCCAUUGCUUCUCUGGGAUACAUUGGCUACCGAAUCUACGUCAUUCGAAACCCCUCCGACCAGUUGCCCGCCGACCCCUCCAAGAAGACCCUGGUGGUGCUGGGUUCCGGCUGGGGCUCCGUCUCCUUCCUCAAGAAGCUCGAUACUUCUAACUACAACGUCAUUGUCGUCUCUCCCCGAAACUACUUCCUGUUCACCCCUCUACUGCCCUCUUGUCCCACCGGAACCAUUGAGCACCGAUCCAUUAUGGAGCCCAUCCGAGGCAUCAUUCGACACAAGCAGGCCGAAUGCCAGUACCUCGAGGCUGAUGCUACCAAGAUUGACCACGAGAAGCGAAUUGUGACCAUCCGAUCCGCCGUCUCUGAGAACUCCAAGGAGGAGGUCAUCAAGGAGAUCCCCUUCGACUAUCUUGUUGUCGGUGUUGGCGCCAUGUCCUCCACCUUUGGUAUCCCCGGUGUCCAGGAGAACGCUUGCUUCCUCAAGGAGAUCCCCGACGCCCAGCAGAUUCGACGAACCCUCAUGGAUUGCAUUGAGAAGGCCCAAUUCGAGAAGGACCCUGAGGUCCGAAAGCGACUUCUGCACACUGUCGUUGUUGGAGGUGGCCCUACCGGUGUCGAGUUCGCUGCCGAGCUCCAGGACUUCUUCGAGGACGAUCUCCGAAAGUGGAUCCCCGAUAUCCGAGACGAUUUCAAGGUUACUCUUGUCGAGGCUCUCCCCAACGUUCUGCCCUCUUUCUCCAAGAAGCUCAUUGACUACACCGAGAAAACCUUCUCUGACGAGAAGAUCUCCAUUCUGACCAAGACCAUGGUUAAGUCUGUUGACGAGAAUGUGAUCCGAGCCGAGCAGACCAAGGGUGACGGUACUAAGGAGACCCUUGAGAUGCCUUACGGAACUCUUGUGUGGGCCACCGGUAACACUGUGCGACCUGUUGUUCGAGAGCUCAUGUCCAAGAUCCCUGCUCAGAAGGGCUCCCGACGAGGUCUUCUUGUCAACGAGUACCUUGUUGUUGAGGGUACCGAGGGCAUCUGGGCUCUUGGUGACUGUUCUGCCACCAAGUACGCACCCACUGCCCAGGUUGCCUCCCAGGAGGGAUCCUACCUUGCUAACCUGCUCAACGGCAUUGCUAAGACCGAGGACCUCAACAACGAGAUCACCAACCUCGAGAAGCAGUCGGAGCACACCUUUGACGAGCAGGAGCGAAAGAACAUCUUUGCUCAACUCGAGUCCAAGUCCCGAAAGCUGCGACGAUCCAGAGCCAUGCUGCCCUUCGAGUACUCUCACCAGGGUUCUCUGGCCUACAUUGGUUCCGACCGAGCCGUUGCCGACCUGUCCUUCAACUUCUGGGGUAUCAUGAACUGGUCUUCCGGAGGAACCAUGACCUACUACUUCUGGCGAUCCGCCUACGUGUCCAUGUGCUUCUCCAUGCGAAACAAGAUUCUUGUUUGCAUUGAUUGGAUGAAGGUCCGAGUCUUCGGCCGUGAUAUCUCUCGAGAAUAA